CAAAUCAAGAUUUUGUUUUUUGCAAGAUUUGUAUGUCAAUGUCAAGACCAGUUCAGUGUCAGAACCAGUUAGACCUGUGUUAGAACAAGCUGUUUACUAGGGAUAAGACCAGUGUCAGCAGUUAACUUAUACAUUCAAGGACAAUAUUUGCACAUUCAGAGCUGAUUUCUGCAUUUUUAUAUUUAUAAGGGCAUGUUCUGUAUAUGCAUAAGGUAUUUCAUUUAUUAACAGAUAUUCUUGAUCUGAAUAAUUAGGAAUCUAUAUUUGUGAAUUAUUAAGAAAAAUAUUGGAUAUUUAAAGUGAAUUUUGUCACUCUAUUAGCAGUUUUGCUUCAAACCCCUGUUAACUUCUUACACUGGUUUAGACCUGUUUUAAAGGUAAGAAUAAAAACUAUUUGCAGACAGUAGCAGCAUUUUCUGAAGUAAAACUUUGGUUAAAGAAUGCAGAUUUUGUACUGUAUCCAGAAAAGUGAAUAUGGUGGAAUGUGUCUGGUGUGUGUUGGUGUGUAUUGAGGUGUGUGCAGUAGAUUGAUUAUAUUUUUUAGAGGAUAGCGUUAAUAUACAGUGAAUGUGAUCGUGGCAUGUGAGAAUGUGAUUGCUCACCAUUUUUCAAAGAACAUUUAGUCUUUAGGUUUUGGUUUGGUUUGAUUUAAAUGGCCAUUUGAUUAAAAUAUAUGGUGGUAUUUUCUUUGCUUUCAUAGUAUCUGAAAGUGUUAAACAGACUUGAUCCUGGUUUUAACUACUUAAAGCAUGUAUUGUUAAAUAUGAAUUUGAGUAAAAAAAAAGUGGUCAUGUAAAUUGAACCAAAAUGCAAAAAUGUAACAUUCUUAUACUCCCCUCAUAAUAUCAAACAUAUUAUACACCUAUGAUCUUUUGAUUAACUUUGUUUCAUUAUUAUAACUAAUGAGUGGGUUUUAUAGUUUUGCUUUCUUGGUGCUUUGGAAAAACUGCUAAUUAUAGAAGAGCAGCCCUCAUACUCUGUUUUCUCUUAGCUUCAAAUGUUGAUUAAAAAAUAAUAUAUAUAGAUAGAAAUAUAAUAAAACCAAAUUGACAUUUUGCAUGUUGGUGGUGCUUUUACUAAUGCUAUAUAUUAGUAGUCUCUCGGGGUUCUAGUCACAAAUUUUAAAAACAUUUCAGAGUAAGAGGGCUGAUCUUAAAUCCAUCUCGUCAAGAUCUUGUUUGCAGGUCAUGUAAAGAUUAAUCGUGCCUGGAUCGGUGGUCUUGUUCCCAGGAGCUUGGUGGUGGCCCAGGUGGGCGGGGAUGUGCAUUACUAUAAUGUGUGUGUUUCAGGACUGGGAAGCAGAAAGUCAUGACUGGUACUGUUUUGAGUGUCACCUUCCUGGAGACGUGCUAGAGUGUGACGGCUGUUUCCGUGUCUACCACCUUCGCUGUGUGUCUGAAGACCACCGGCCACGCGACACAACCUCCCACUGGCAGUGCGGCAUCUGCAGGAUCAAAUGAAUACAGCCUAGGGCAGUAAAAGGAAGAAUUUGAACAAACAGGAAAUGACAACAUGCCUGAAGUUCAUUCUUGGACGCAUGAAGGAAAGGGCUGUGGACCUGCACAAGAGAGGCAAGGAGUCAAAGCAACCCAUGUACAGAAGACUGAUCCACACGCCUCUGGAUGUGGAUAACAUACAAGAGAACAUCUCAGAGGGGAAGUACAAGAGCUUUGAGGAGUUCAGGGCUGACGCUCAGCUUAUUGUUCACAACACAGCCAUUCUGCACGGAGUCAACAGCGAUCAGACCGAAAUUGCAAGACUUCUCUACAACGACACAUGCCACGAGCUGAACGAGUUAAUGCUGUGCAGACACUGCUUCUAUCUCUCGAACGCACGACCCGACAACUGGUUCUGUUACUCAUGUAGUCCGACUCAUGAGCUGGUGUGGGCCAGGAUGAAGGGCUUUGGUUAUUGGCCUGCAAAGGUGAUGCAGAGGGAGGGCAAUCAGGUGGAUGUUCGGUUCUUUGGUCAUCAGCACCAAAGAGCAUGGAUUCCUUCUGACAACAUCCAGGAGAUCACAGUUAACGUGCAGCAGCUGCAGGUGAAGCGCAGCUCGGGGUGGAAGAAGGCAUGUGAUGAGCUGGAGCUCCACCAGCGGUUCCAGAGGGAGGGCCGAACCUGGAAAGGGAAGCUCGAAGAGAAGCACGACAGGUCGGACAGGCACGAAAGACAGGAAGACAGACAGGAAGAGGCGGAGUCAAGUAUCUCCUCCACAUCCAACGAGCAGUCAAAAGGCAACCAAGAGCCCAAAGCUAAAAAGAGCCGCCGUUCCCAAGUCGCUGAGCCCAAAGAAGAGGAACCGGAGCCUGAGAUGGAAGCCGUCAGCUCAAGUCAAGAGAUCCCCACAGCUGUUCCACAUCAACCUGAGCGUAUGUCCGUCUCCACCCAGACCAAAAAGUCUGGCUCGCCUUCCUCCUCUUCCUCACCAGCUCCUCGCAUGGUACACCGAGGCACUCAGACGGUCAGUGAGGGCAGCUGCCAAAACAUGUGCCACGACAAAUACACCAAGAUCUUCAGCGACGUUAAAGAAAUGAUGAAAGCGGAGAACAAGCGGGAAACCGAACGCGUUCUGAAAGAGGCUCUGGACAAGUUGCGAGUGGAGAUGGAGGAAGAGAAAAGGCAGGCGGUGAACAAAGCGGUAUCCAACACGCAGGCUGAGAUGGAAAGAAAGUGCAAACAGGUGAAAGAGAAGUGCAAAGAGGAGCUCAUGGAGGAGAUGAAGAAGAUGGUAGCUCAGCAUAAACAACUUAUUUCCCAGACCAAGAAGAAGCAGUGGUGUUAUAACUGUGAAGAAGAGGCGAUGUAUCACUGCUGCUGGAACACGUCGUACUGCUCCAUCAAAUGCCAACAGGAGCACUGGCACGCCGAUCACAAACGUACCUGCCGCCGGAAGAGAUGAGCUACAGCUGGCCACACCCCUCCUCUCGACUCCACCCAUCCACGAGCCACGCUAUUGGAUAGAUUUUAACGCUCAACACCCUCCCCCUGCCCUUGGAUUCUUGAUUUUUUUAGCCAGCAUUUUAAACCCCAGCUCUUAGAACACUUUUACCAGAACAUUCUGCUGAGUUGCGGUGAACGCUAACAAGGCAGCCAGUGCAGGACUUCACGACCCUUGUGGAGAUGGUUUUAUGUUUGGAUUGUAGCGGUAUCUCAUUGCGUAUUCCUUUUUGUUUUUACCCUUUUAUUUGCUGUAUGACGGAAAUCAGCCUUGCUUGCAUACAGACUAGCUGAAAUGUGAAGUACUAGUAAUCUUUUUAAACAACUUAAUCUGAAGCUAUGUAGAUAUUUGACUCUUUUAUAUAAGCGAAUCAUGUCAGCCUCCUGCAUUGAGUGAAGUUGGUGCUUUUAAACUCGACGGUUGGUUUUUAUCAGUGGUUGUGAUGUGUCAUUUUUUUGGGAACAGGGUUUAAAGAUGGCAGGUCAUGUCUGUCUGAAUGAUACAAUCUUCCAUUAAUGAAUAUGCACAUUUCAUGGUUACACUUUUAAAUAGGCCUUUUAAUUUUUAACGAAAAAACUAAAUUAUGUGCUAAUUUUGGGUUCCAUUCCUGUAGCUUAAGUGUACUAAAUCUUUGCCGAGUGGGAUCUUUAGUGAGGUUUGUAAAUGUGGGCAAAUUUGUUACCAGUGCUCUCAGACAAAACGAAAUUUGUCACGAUCCAGUUCUAUAGCAAAAUUUAAUCAGACUUAAGAUUGUACAGAGAUCAGUGUAAAUUAAACAAUCAUAAAUGAUCGCUAUAGGGUUUUAUCAUUAAAAAUGACCUUUUGUGGCACUUUUUGAUCUAAGAAAAAAGUUAAAAGGAUAGUUCACGUAAAAAUUCCAAUUCUGCCAUCAUUUACUCACCCUCAAAUGGUUAAAACCUGUACGGCUUUCUUAAAUGCUGAUCCACAUCCACUUUCAUUGUAUGGAAAAGAGCAGCUUGGACACUCGGCGAAACGUCUCCUUUUGUGUUUUUCGCCAGAACAUCAGUCAAACCGGUUUGGAACAACAUGAGGCUGAGUAAAUGACAAAAUUAGAAUUUUUAGGUGAAUUAUUAUUGCAAUAACAAAUUUUUAAGUACAAAUGAGGUCAGAUCUAUCUUUAGAGAGUUGUCUAUGUCGACCGGGAGAACCAAUCAGCUGAAGGAUGUAGGGGAACAUGAGGUUCUUCUCUAAUGGUUUUGCACAGAUCCAUAUCUGCGUCAACUUGUAUUCUGUUUCUCUCUGAAGUUCUGGAUGUGUCUUAAAUCACGUCUGAUACAUCCAGGUUUCUGUCCUGCCCUAUUUCUCCUUCUUUCUCUCUCUCUCUCUCUCCUCCCUUCCCAACCUCACUGUUGCACUACAUGUAAAUAACUGUUUGCCGCUAACCGUGACUGAUGACGUUUGCACGUUAGCAUAUGUACAUUUCAUGAACACAUUAACUAUGUAUUUGAUAAAGUCGAAAUGUAAAGGAAAAAAAAAAAUAUUUGUGAUAUAACGGUAAUAUGUUCCAUUCCAGUGUGCAUGAAACCAGGUUGUGUGUACCUUAUUUUGGGCUCUGCGUUAAUCUACGUCUUGCGUGUCAUCGGUGAUGCAGUAUGUCUCCUUUUUGGUUUUCUAGGGUAAUUUGACACCACUUUGUAAUUGCAAGUAACCCUUUUUUAAAAUUUAUUUUUUAACUUAUAUUUAUGCGGACAGAGUAAUGACUACUGAGAAUUUCCGACACCCAGCGAGAAGUCUGCUAUACAAACACCUGUCUUUCAUGUGCAUACGAAUUAAAAUGUGGUGUAAACGUUUUCCCCUUUCUUGCAUUACAUUAUGUAACAGUACUAUGUAUAAAUAAAACAUAUCAACCGGU